UUGGAUUUUUUGUUUAUGAAUUUGUCCACAGUUGAUGCGUUCCAACCCUGGCGAUGAAUAUACUUUUACUGAAAUCAAUCCAACGAAGUGGACAUUCAAUAACUCCCCACAGAUUCUUGUACCAAUUGCUAAUGGCUCUGAAGAAAUGGAAGCAGUUAUGAUUAUUGAUAUCCUGCGACGUGCUAAAGCAAAUGUUGUAGUGGCUGCUGUUGGGGAUAAUCUAGAAAUUCUGGCUUCUCGGCAAGUUAAACUAGUAGCAGAUAUUCUCCUUGAUGAGGCUGCUAAAUUUUCAUAUGACCUGAUUGUCUUGCCAGGUGGACUUGGUGGAGCCCAAACAUUUGCAAAUUCAGAGAUACUGGUAAAUAUGUUGAAGAAACAGAUGGAAACAAAUAGACCUUAUGCAGCAAUUUGUGCAUCCCCUGCUUUAGUCUUGGAGCCUAAUGGAUUACUCAAGGGUAAGAAGGCUACAGCUUUCCCUGCAUUAUGUAGCAAAUUAUCAGAUCAGAGUCAUGCCGAGAAUCGAGUUGUGGUUGAUGGCAGCCUCGUGACCAGCAGAGGGCCGGGAACCACUAUGGAGUUUUCACUGGCAAUUGUAGAGAAGCUGUUUGGGCGUGACAAGGCACUAGAUCUUGCAAAGAUAAUGCUUUUCACUCGUCAGUAGAGAAUGUUUUUGUGAGUGCUCUCAUCCCUUUACUCUUUUUUGUAGUCUUUACCGUGAGAACUAAAAUGUAAAGUUGAAUUAAUAUUUAGAUAUUAGACUUAAUAUGCCGUUAUGUUGAUGGUAUAUUAUAAAUAAAUCGGUUAUGAAAUAACUCGAGUAACGAGAAAUUCCAGGCAGGAGAGUUAUUACACUCCCUUAAAAAAUCUUAACCCGGAA